UGUGUGGAGAAAGCAUAAAUUUGUGUGCAUGGUACUAGUCGGGCUGGCAGCAUGUUUGAGUAGCAGCGUAUUGGUUGAGAGCAUGUAAGUGAGCUCAGAGCUGAGAAAGGAGGGGCUUUUAGACUCAACAGCACAGACUGAGUGGGACCGUGGAGAUGAGUAGUUAUGCGGCAGAAGGAGGGAGCAGAAUAUCAGUUCUGGAUUCUGAGAGAGAGAGAGAGAAGGAUACCGGCAGAUUAUUCUCUUGUUUUUUGGACUUUUCUCUUCUUCUCUUCUGUUUGGAUUGCUUUACUUCCUUUAAAUCUGUCCCUAUGCUGCUGAUCCCAUCUCUCCAGGCGGUCUUUGAUGCGCUGAUUCCAGAGUUUUCUCAGUCUUAGUUAGCCCCCCCAUAUUAUCUGUCAUUCUAAUCUGAUGGUGAGCCGUUCCUUCUUCAAUGUCUCCUUGUGAGCGUCAUCCUCUCGUCUCUGCACCGUUCAUUUCUUUGUGGUAUUACAAUGCCAGUACUGGAGAGGCUCUGGGGUCCAGAUCUCAGGAUGCAGGACUCUGGUCUCGGUGUCGGGGUCUGUCCCGACGAGCCUCCUGGCUCACGAGUGUGGACUCCCCCUGUCACUUGUGCUGGCCUGUCGCUGGCCCUGGAACUUCCCGCUCUGAUCCGGCAGCUCAGGGCGGCCUGGAGAGCUCGCAGGGGAGACCCUCGGAGGGUGGAGAGGAGUGAAGGCAACAGUUGGGUGGAAGAAGAGCAGGAGGAGGCUGACGAGGUCAAAGAGAUCAAGCAGGUCACAGGGAACAGCAAUACACACCUGGAAGCUGAUGGCAGGCUGAACGCCGGUCAUGCUGGUGUGUUGCUGGCUGAGAGACGAGGUUCUUACCCGCCGAUUGAUCUGCGGAUCCUGAAAACAAAUUCACAGCCAGGGGAGGUCGAGUCCGGCACUAGGAGAAAGCUGAAGCGUCUGUUAAGCUUCCAGAGAUACUGCCAUGCCUCCAGGUUGCUGAGGGGAUUAAUGCCUCACACUCCCGGGUCCCUGCACUUGCUGGAUGAUGACUACUUGGGACAGGCAGCUCACAUGCUCUCAAAAGUAGACACAUGGAACUUUGACAUUUUCCUCUUCGAUCGUCUUACAAAUGGUAACAGUCUUGUGACUCUGAUGUGCCAUCUCUUCAAUGUUUGUGGACUGAUUCACCACUUCCAGCUGGACAUGGUUAAACUACACAGGUUUCUUGGAAUGGUGCAGGAAGAUUACCAUUCCCACAAUCCAUAUCAUAAUGCUGUUCAUGCUGCUGACGUUACUCAAGCCAUGUACUGCUACAUAAAAGAGACCAAGCUGGCAGAGCAGCUGACUCCUCUGGAUGUGUUCCUGGGUCUGAUGGCGGCAGCAGCUCAUGACGUGGAUCACCCUGGAGUCAACCAGCCUUUUCUCAUUAAAACCAGACACCACCUGGCAUCCCUCUACCAGAACACCUCUGUGCUGGAGAGCCACCACUGGAGAUCCACCGUGGGCAUGCUGCGAGAGUCUGGUCUGCUGAGCCACCUGCCGGCCGACAUGUCGCAGGACAUAGAGCAGCAGCUGGGCUCUCUCAUCUUGGCCACAGACAUCAACAGACAAAACGAAUUCCUGAUAACUCUCCGAGAGCAUCUGGACAACCAGGAUAUGGACCUUCAGCUGGCCACACACAGGCAUUUCAUACUCCAGAUUGCCCUGAAAUGCGCUGAUGUGUGUAACCCAUGUCGGGAGUGGGAGCUGAGCAGGCAGUGGAGUGAGAGGGUGUGUGAGGAAUUUUAUAGGCAGGGUGACCUGGAAAGGAAAUUUGACUUGGAGAUCAGUCCUUUGUGUGACCAACAGACAGACUCUGUGCCAGCCAUCCAGAUUGGUUUUAUCUCCUACAUCGUGGAGCCUCUGUUUGAGGAGUGGCAGCGCUUCACUGAGCCCAGCAUGCUCAGCCAAAUAAUGAUGGGGCACCUGCACAAGAACAAGGCUUGCUGGAGCCGACUCAGAUACGUACACACACUUGCAGAAACAAAAACUCACCCCCAUGCCGAAGAGCCUGAGCCUGAAGGAGGACAAGAGGAGGCAGAGGACAUCCCAUAAUAUCUCUCUUGUUGCUCUGAUGGGUUUUAAUCUCCAGCAUACAUGGAGGGGAGACGUUUUAAUCCAAAUCCAUGUUUAUUCUCCAGCACGUUUGUUUCCACAGCUGGUUGCCCUUACAGUGGGAGCACUGGAAGGCAGCGUGGCCAGGAAACAAAGAAGUAUAGCUCCCCCUGGUGGAGCAGUGGUUGAAUGUAGCAUUGCAGGAGAAAAAGAAAUGGAAGUGGAUUCACUGAGGAGCAGAAUGAUCUUAGUAAGAAAAUCAAAUGUGGACAUGCUUUUGUUUGUAACUUUGCGCUCAAAUAGGACUAAAAGGUUAACUAGUUAACAUGUGUUAACUGAGGGUUCACAUGUGGAUUUUAACAUGGGUUUAGUUGGCGUAAUAGUGAUAAGAACAAUAAAAAUUAGAGACAUAUAAAAACCAGCUGGACUUUGCUGAAAAAAUAUAUGACAGAAUAACAAUCUCCUCACAUCCUUCAUUGUUUUUAAAAUUUAAAAAUGCUUGCACUCUUGUACAAUGUUUUUUCAUGUCUUUAUCUCACUUGUCUACCUUUCACUGAAGUGCGUUUUUAACUCUAAGCUUUGAGUCGUUAUGUCGAGGUACUGUACACAUUAGCAUCCAGCAUGUUCUCGGUGUCAGACUGACUCAGAUCAUCAUUUAAAUAAUGACUCACACUAAAAGUGGCUUAGGUCAGUGUUGCCGGCUUGAUGUUUCAUUGUUGAGCUGAAUCACCAACUUGAAGAGCCAAAUACAAAAAAAAAAAAAAGGUUUAUCUUCAUAUUAUAAGUUGUAUAAACUGUAUAUACUGUGAUGGAUAACCUGAACACUUCACAUGCCAAAACAUUUUUAUCUCUGUACUCUGUAAGUCACUUGAAAAUGUAACUCUUCUCACUUUUCUCUAAAAGCCAACUGGAUUUAAUCACAGCCUCACUUUACAAGCUCAUACACAACAAAGCCUUAACAGCCGCUUGGUCUGUCAGUUAAAAAAAAAAAAAAAAUUAAUAGGGUUUUCUGAACAAUAUGUUUCAUAUUAAAAUUUCUGCCUCUUGUUCUUCAGCCAUAUCAGCACUGAAACACAGACUCAGUACUGUAGCAUCUUGUUCCUGGUUGUUUUUUCACUCAGUAUCAGGGUCAGAUUUGGCGUCUCAGAACUGUGAAGUAUUGCCAAGGUGUUGGUGUACUUUUAUAACACGUUAGCUCUGCUAUGUAAGGCUUUUGUUCUAACAAUGCUUCCAUCUUCUUACACAGGUCCUGUGUGCUGUAUUUCUUAGGUUGAUUAAGAAACACUGAUGUCUUUACUUAAAAUACACAUUAGCUGGGGAUGUACUGAUUUAGAUUUUGUGUCCAAAUUCCAAUUUUUGUGUUUGUAUAGCUCUGACAUAGCCGGUGCUGUAGACCAUUCUGCUUUUAGCUAGUUUCCAUUUCUCAUUUAAUUAGAAUGUAAAAGUAUUCUAAAUAUGUUCUUAGCCUUCUACCUUGUGUAAAAAGCACGGGUUGCUGUUAAACAGGGUUUACAUUUAUUUUAGUGCAAAAAGAAAAUUAUUAUAGAGUUCAUAUUUUAAGCUGUCUUUAGCAUCCUAUAUUAGCAGCUAGAAUAGUUAUUAUUCAUAGCUAUGAAAGGCCUAGAGCAGUGCUUCUCAAACUUUAACUCCUCAGUAAAUGUUAUGUUUUCCAAGUACCUCCAUCUUUAUCUACAUUUUAAAACUGUAUUACUACAGUAGUUGGACUUUUUAAGUUUGUUGUGUUAAAUCAUCAAAACAAAAAGGAUUAAUCAGCUAGCUCUGGUAAAUAAUACAAUGCAAAACAGGCAAAAUUUCCAAGCUUUAUGCUUGGAGAAAAUUAACAAAAAUGCCAGAUUCCCAGAAUCCACCGUAUCGUAACACCAUAUUUAUUGCAACAACAUUAAAGGCCUUUCACUAGCUCCACCGUCUACAUUAAGUAGUGCUGCUAAACAGCAUGGAAGAAUCAUAAUAAUUAAUAUUUUAAAAUACUGAUAUUCGUUAGUUUAAGAAUAGCAAUCCCUGUCAUGUUGGGAUUGGGUUGGGAGUGUUUGCAGACGGCACCAGUUCAUAAAUCACAUUUCAUACUGCAAUAUUUCCCCCCCCCCAUUAACAAUAAAUUAUAAUAGGCUGGAACUGGAAUAUGUCUCAGUUGGUUUCCCAGAUUUACAUCUUGACUCCAGAGGUACUUUUACUCCAGUUUGAGAACCAUUGCUCUAGAGAACAAUGUAGCCCAUUAUUUGCACUCUGAUAUUUACAAAGGGCUGCCAACAUUUCCAAGUUAAGCAUGUUCAACUUUGUUGUAAUAUCUUCUUCCCUUCUGCCCAAACAAUCCCUGUUUGCGGACUUCUCCUUACAGAAAACAAAAAAAAAACAUUUUUUUAAUGCUUCCUACGCCUCUUGUGCUUUCUCUGACAUUGUUUGGGACGUCUCAGUGUUACUGUACAUAGCUAACUAUCACUCUUUUUUAAUAAGUAACAUAUCCCACACCAAAGUGUGAAUCCAAACACAAUAGCAUUUAUGCUGUGUUCUUAUUCCAUUUAAACUCCAAAGUCAGAUUUUCCAAGGUCCCGAUUGGAAAUACAACAAAAGCACCACCUGAAAUUUGAAUUCCAACUUGGAAAAUCAGAGAUCUCUUUAAAGUGAUUGAGCUAAAAAAAAAAUCAAAUAAGGCUCUUUUCCAUUAAAAAAACAUAGUUAAAGUUGUUGGGACACGCAAUUUUUAGUACUUUUUAGUAUCUAACAUCACUCGCUAAUAUGAGUCGUAUAUUAGUGAUAUACAUAGAAAUGUGUAACCUCUAUUUGUAAACUUAUUACCUUUAAUGUCUGAAAGCAUAAAAAGAUGAGAAAUGUGUUAUCGGAAAGUACUGCUUCUAGUAGUUGGCUCUGCAAAGCAAAUUUGCAAAUCCAACUGGUUUUCAGACAUGCAGCUAAAAUAUCCAAGUCCAGUUAGACAUUAUUUCGCCAUCUUAUUUCAAACCUAUGGGAUAAAUCAAACGGCAACAGCUUUGGUCUGUUCACUGACUGGGAAGCUAUCAGACUGUUGAGUUUCCAGAAGUCUAUCACUGUUCAAGCUAAAUAUCAUCUAGAUCUGGUCACUGGCCAAUUCCUAUGUGCAACUGUAUUUAUUUGCUUCACUUAAUGUUAAAGUAUAUGCUGCCUGUUACUAUAAACAUUGGCUAAAAAGAUAUUUAUGGGCAAUAUAUGUGUAACGUCCAUGGAUGCACUGAGCCACGUGACGAUGAGGCUUUUGACAGCAGGUAUUUGUAAAUACAAGUAUAGAAUAUAUGUACGUUUGCCUCCCUACUUUAAAUAUUGUAUACCAGAGGUUGUUGAAUUUAAGAUUUGUUGCCAGCAGAAUAUGGUAUAAAAUGACGAGCUUGACGAGAAAGGCUUGGUUAAAGUUAUACAAGCUGCAAUAUCUGCCCCAGUUAAGAGGUGCAGUGCAAUAACGUUAAACUCCUGUGUACAGUUCUGGCUUGUAUGCUUAUGUCGGUUAUAUAACUAUAUAUGUCUUUACAGUGGCACUCUGCUUGCUGUGCUAAGAUUUCCACUUUGUUCGAGCGGCACUGGUGCAACCGGGGGAAGCACACAGACAAAAAGGCUUCUGUAAACACUCGACGGGGUUAAGUUGAUCAAAGAGCACAGUUGGCUCUUUGAGCAGCAGAAAGUGACCCGAAAGACACUCUUUCAGUCCUGUUUUGAUUUUUUUUUUUUUUUUUACAGCUUCCAAACCCGAAAGCAGCUAUGAGCCGGGAACAAAGUGACACAUCGGUUUCUGAAUACGCUACCUAGCAAGUGCUCCAGAUUAUUCGCUAUGAGUCAUAUAUUUACUGUCAGUGCAGACCUGGUCCAGGCAACAAGCAUCAGGCUGCCUUGUUUUUGAAUACCUCUCAGAAUGAACACUGUUACAGGGUAACUGAGCCAUACUGGUUUUAUUCAGCAGGACUAAUAUCUUCUGUGUGUUUACAUACAGGAAUAAUAUCAGCUUUACUAAAAUCAGCAUCUUAGUGUAUACCAGUAAAAUGUGCAAGUUUAGUGUGAAGCUGCAACAAAUUUGUAAUUUGGUGCCAUGAGAUAUUCAGACACAUUUAUUUCUGUUAAGUUCUUGUAUUUCACUCUCUUCAAAAAAAAAAGAGGCUUUGCAAAAGUAUCCAUAUAUCCUAAACUUAAACAUAGUGCAAUUCUACAGCUACUAACUGUAAUAUACUUAAUUGGAGUUUUUUUUUUAAAUCAAGACAAACCUCAAAAUGAUUGUGAAUGAGGUAAAAACGAAAUGUUUUCUUUAAUGCUUUUUUUUUUUUUUUUUUUUACAAAUACAGAUUUAAAAACUGUGGUGUGCAUUUGUAUUUGGCCCCAUCAGCCAAUAUUUUUAUAAACAGAAAUGUAUCUCGUUAUUAGCCUUGUGAGGUAUCUCUGGACUAGCUGUGCACAACUGGAGACUGAAAUGCUUGCUCACUAUUUGGCAAAAUAGCUCAAGUUCAGAUUCCACGAGCAUUAUUUCCAAGCCCAUCUAUAAGUUCUUAACUGGACUUGGGAUUUAAGACUUUGACUAGGUCAUUUUAACACCUGGAAGUGCUUCGAUUUAAGCCGUUCCAUUGUAGCUCUGGUUGCAUGUUUAUGAUGAUUAUCGUCGUGAAAUAGGAGCACAGUCACAUGCCGAUCACAAGUUUUCUUCCAGGAUUGCAGUGUAUUUAUCUCAAUUCAGCUUCUCAUCAGCCCUGACUAGUUUCCCUGUGGUUGCUGAAGCUUUUCCCACAAAAUCAUGCUGUCCCCACCAUAGGGACGGUGUGUGCAGAGGUAUUUGCAGUGUUUAGUUAAAUAUCUAAUUUGGUCUUAUCUAACCAGAGCACCUUCUUCCAUAUUUAUGCUGUCUCCCCCACGGUGUUCAGCAGACUUCAAACAGGAAGUUGUGCUUUCAACAGUGGCCUUCUGCUUCCCACUCUUUAGCAUUAGGUAGGUGUCCUCUCAAGGCCAAAUGGUUGCACUGGAUUAUCUCUAAGGGUAUCAGAUUUAAGGGGGCUGAUUAUAAUUGCACACCUUUUUUUUUGUCUGUUUUGUCUAAAAUAAUGUUAAAACCCAUAGUUUCCCUUCCACUUCAGUUUUAUUCACUACUCUUUCUUGACCAGUCACAUAGAAUCCCAAUAGAAUACAUUGAAAUUUGUGGUUGCAAUGUGACAAAAUGCAAAAUUCAAUGGGUGUGGAUACUGUUGCAAGGCACUGUGCAUUUUAUACACUGUUCAUUUCUAAGAUUUUGACCUAAUGCUUUAAAAUAAUGCAAUUCAGAGUUUGAUUUUCUUCAAUUUUUUUGGACUGUUUUCAUGUUAAAAAUAUACAAAGUUUUAAACGUUUUUUAUAAACCUUGGGAUAUCUGCAGUAGAAGGACAUUGAUCGGUUUCAUUUUUUUAGGAUUUCAAGCGUCUACUUUCUGGACUAACAUUUUGUGCAGCGUGUAAUCUUUCAAUAGAAGCCCUUUGUGUCAAAAAUGACUGUAAAAAUAUGUCAGGAUGACUCACCUGAUGUCUCUGUAUACAUUUGGGCACUGUGAAUAAAACAAUAAAGUUUUUUUUUUUGUUUUUGAGGUAA